AAGAUCUUUAUUUUAAGAUACAUAAGCGACAACACAGCCCAGAGGAUUUGAGUCAUUAAACAUACACUGAGUGAAAACAGUUCUUUUUAGACGCCUGCGUAGUUGAAUCUCAUGAAUUGCUUACAUCUUCAGCAUAAACAAAAUAAUUUGAAAGUCAGCAAAUGAAUGAAAAGCAAACAUUGUACACGAGAUUUGUCGAAAUAAUAUAAAUUUCGAAGAAAGGUGCUUGAUAUUAUUUAGUAAAUUUCUUCAUUUGGCUUCAUACAGAAUGCGAUUUGCAUACAUUACCUUAGUGUUGCUGGUUUCCCUGUUCGCGGUAGUAGAAAACGAUAAUGGACAAGCAAGUACUAGUAAUGGAAGUCAAAUGAACAAUCAGCCAAAAUCUAUAUGGGAUUCAAUCUGGACCUGGUUAAACGGAAUUUUUAAAUUUUUUUGCUCAAUGGGUACACUUAUAGACAUUUUCUACAAACCAAAGGGUACAUAAUAGAAAAACACUUAGACAUCAGACAUCGAAUUAUUUCAUUUCGUUGUUUUGUCAAAUAAGUUAAUUAAUUAAUAAUAAUUAGUUAAAGUAAAUGAAUAAUUUCACUCAGUGUUA